GGUAAAAUCGUAGUGACAAUUUCAAUACAAUUACAAGAUAUCAUUGAUGAAGACAAAGAUAAACAACCUUACGGUCAAAGCAUUAAGAAAGGAAAUUUGUUGGUUGAAUUAUAUGAUACUAGCAUUGGCAUGGAUCCAGAAUAUUUAAAACAUACAUGGCAAAGCUAUUCACAAAGUGACAUGUUAAUGACUAAGAUGCAAGGUGGUACAGGACUUGGCCUUUCAAUUUGUAAAAGCAUAGUAGAAAUUAAUGGAGGAGAAAUUAAUGUAGAAAGUCAAUUAGGAAAAGGAAGUAAAUUUUGGUUUACAUGGAAUGUUGAAUUAUUAUCAAUAGCUUCUUCAUUAUUAAAUACUACUCAUUUAACGUCAUUUUGA